AAGAACCCUGGAAUUUAGCAAGAAUAUAUUUUUUCAGAAUCGCACAACUCUCCCUUGUUUUUCUGCCUCGCGAGAAAGUCUGUCCUAAAUAUCCCCUGUAGCCCAGGCCACUCUGAAUUCUCCCCGGAGUUCUUGAGGACGUAACUCAAUUAUUUGAAAGCGGGAAGCAAACUACGUUUCCCAUGGAUCGACGCCACUCUUCGCCCACCCAGCGUUUGACCCCUAGACGGUGGCUGAAAAGGGACAAUGGUUUCCAUGUCAGCGGGUAAACGCUCUGGUCUUAGCUCCAGGAUGAGGGAGGACGGGUGUAGCAAUGAGCGUGUGCUGAGGGGCGAGGAAGAAAUUUAAAGGAGCCGGCUUCCAGUAGAGCAAGAGCCAUGCCACGCCGGGGCCUAGUUGCCGGGCCAGACUUUGAGACUUUCCGGCGUCGGUAUUUCACGCCGGUUGAGGUGGCCCAACAUAACCAACCGGACGACCUCUGGGUGUCUUACCUGGGAUCCGUAUACGACCUAACGCCGUUGGCACAAAAACACAAAGGUAAGGGCCACACUCGGUCCGCUGCGGGGUGUUUGUGGGUGCCUCGUUCUCGGGCGGCUAGCAUUGACGGCGGCUGUGCCUUCCCAGGAGACCUGCUGCUGAAACCCAUCGUGGAAGUUGCGGGUCAGGACAUCAGCCACUGGUUUGACCCAAAGACCAAAGACAUCCGAAUGUACAUAGAUCCGAUGACUGGUGCCCAGAGAUACCGCACCCCCCGGGGCCGCUUUCUGCAUAUCCCACCUCAGCUGCCUCGCUCCGACUGGGCCAAUGAUUUCGGGAAGCCCUGGUGGCAGGGGACGCGCUAUGAAGUGGGUCGGCUGUCCGCCCAAACCCGGAACAUCCGGAUCAUUAACACACUCACGUCGCAGGAGCACACACUGGAGGCCUAUGCAUCCUCAGGACCUAUGGCUAUGGGAUCUGUCCCUCUUCCAGAGUCUCCUACUUCAAUACCCGUUGCCAGAAACACAUCCCUCUCCUCACACAACCAGUCACUCUCCAAGUAGACUAUAACUCCUAAAUAUCUCUGGAAUCCAUCUUCCUUUUUCCAAGCUAUCAUCACCUCUGGGUUAAAAUUAUGGAUGUAAUUGGCUGGCUGGCUGGCUAGCUGGCUGCUAGACUAUAUCAUUAGAGCAUUAAUCGUGUCCAACUCGUUUCUUGCUGUAUUCCAAGUGUUAGGCACACAGUUGCUGCUCAAUAAAUUUUGAUUGAAUGAACUCAAAUGUUAAGUGAAUUCAUUUGUUUAUAAUAACCAGUGAAUGGGAUGUUGCAUCCUAGGAGGCAAGGUGGGGCCAAGAAAUAGGAUGUCUGGGUCCUGUGCCACAGUCUCUAUCCACAGGUUUCUCUUUCCUUGCUCUCCAUAGAUUUAAGACCAAAAAUUAUUCCAUGAGGUUCUUCCUCUCACCAGCUUUUUGGAGUAAUCUGUCAUUUCCCAUAUGGCCACUAGGUGGCUGUAACUGCCUACAAAGUCAGGGAGGGGACUGGAGGAGGGAAAACACUUGCAAAUUCUAGAGGUUAGGAUUAAAGAUGGCCCUUUUGAAAUUUAUAGGUGGGAGGGAAGGAUCUGAAAAAAAGGAAAAACUACCAGGCCAUUAUUCAAUUAGCAUUAGGUUUAUUCCAGUUUUUCGUUUUUCCUGCAAGCACAUACCAGGAAAGGAAUGUACAGUAGUUUGAGAAAUAAAAUUCAGCCCUGACCUGUGUUCUCAGUGGUUAGAGCCUCGCACUGGAGAGGUGCAGAUUCCAUUUUUGGUCAAGGGCAUAUACCUGGUUGCAGAUUUGAUCCGCUGGUCAGGACAUGCAGAAAGCAACCAACAGACGUUUCUCUCUCCUGACCCCUCCUCCCCCUUCCACUCUUUCUAAAGGUCAGUGGAAAAAAUAUCCUGGUGUGAGAAUGAACAAAACAAAAAAAUGUUAAUUAAUGUUUAAAAAAUCAUGGGAUAAGUAGAGGAUCUGAUUACAGGUGUGGGUAUGCAUGGGGUGAGGCAUGGAGCUAUGGAAGGAAUAAAGACCACAGAUUUUUAAGGUAAUAGAGUGCAUUUGUUUAUUAAUAUUUACUUUUUGGGGUGGGGGGCUAUAAAGCUUCCCACUAGGCACUACUAUGUUCCCUAAAUGUCCAAACGGGAUGUCUGUAUGAAGAGUAUGUAAAUAAUGCCUUGGCCUAAAACUUGUUAAGUAAACAGAACAUUGAGUACAGGGUCUCUUUUGUUCUGGUGGGAAGUGGGGUGGCAGAAUAUUGAAAGCUUGCCUUUCCACAGUAAAUCAUAGCAGCUUCAAAGGACUCAAUUGGCAAAUAUUUCCCACAAGUCUCGGCCCUAUAUACAUACAUCACUAGGGGUAAUAAAAAGGGUCGGGUUUUUUUGUUUGUUUUUUAAUGUUCCUUGCAGGAAGCUUGCCUGCUCAAUGGGAUAAAACACACACAAAAGAGAAAUGAAAAUUGUACCUCAUAAAGGACCAAAUUAUGUUGUUGAAAAAGUUUCCACCCUCAUGGCAAAUCACAGGUGGAUUCUUAACCUGGACCUACAGAAAUGGUUUCUAAAUAUUGUGUGUAUGUGUACAGAUGUGUAUUAUUUUGAAGAAAGGUGCUAUAAUUUCCAUCAGUCUUUCAAACUGGACCAACCUCUCCUGCCCCUGAACAGUACACACACACACACACACACACACACACACACACACACAAGUAUUUUAAAGAUACCCUCCCUGUCCCUCCCCUCAGCCCUAGCUGGUUUGGCUCAGUAGAUAGAGUGUCAGCCUACGGACUGAAGGGUCCCAGGUUCGAUUCCAGUCAAGAGCACGUACCUCGAAACCGUCCCGGUUAGUGCACAAGUGGAUGUGUCUCUUUCACACUGAUGUUUCUCUCUGUCUCUCCCCUUCCUCUACUCUCCCUAAAACUCAAUGGAAAAAUAUCCUCAGAAAAAUACCCGUGGGUAAGGAUUAACAAAAAAUAGACCUUCAAAAAUAAAAUAUGAAAGGUGACGAUACAGUGUCAUCCUAGGAUUCCUGGCACUUGUCUCAAUAGUCUACCUCAACCUGUUAUAUCUGUGUUCCCAUGGUAGCAAUUCCUAAAGAUUUACUCUUUGGGGCAUAGUUUAUGAUUGGUCUGAAACAUUUUACUACUGUCCCAAAUUCUGGUCUGGAUGUACCUUGGGGCUGAGUGAGGGGAUCUAUCAUUUGUGCUUAUGACCACAACACCCGUCAUGACAUCAGGGUCAGGUUAAUGCACCCAGCACCACAGCUGAGUUUACGGUAAACCGCACAGAUGUUUCAUGUUGGAAGAACAGCCACUUUAUAAUGGACCAGCAGGAGCAUACGGAGAUUUCAUUGUAGAAAAAGCAGAUAAUUUGAAAUCUGAAUAAUCUGGAAGUAAAAGAUUAGGAGGAAUUCAAAAUACAAAUAGAUAUGCAGUCCAAGUACUGAGUAUUCUAGGCACAUGGGAAACAC